GUGCACCAUCUUCCUUCACAUGCUCUGAUGGAAAAUGCAUACCAAUGCGUUGGAAAUGUGACUCCAAACCGGAUUGUGAUGAUGGCUCUGAUGAAACUGUUGGUUGUGACAAUGCCGCCAAAUGCAAUGAAGGACAAUUCCGAUGUAAGGCAAGUCAUAAAUGCAUACCCAACAAUUGGGUAUGCGAUGGCGAAUUUGAUUGUGGCGAUUUGGAUACAUCCGAUGAAAUUAAUUGUCCUUCGGAUUCUUUAAAGUGCCUUUCAUAUCAAAGAGAAUGCGGCAAUGGCGUUUGUCUGGAUAUAUCAAAGUUCUGUGAUGGCAAUUGGGAUUGUGAUAACGAUGAACUUAAAUGCGAUAAACAAGACGCCGAAUGCAGUACCUUAAAAUGUUCAUUCAACUGCAAGCUGACACCCCAGGGCCCAACAUGUUAUUGUGCGCCAGGACAAAUGCCUGUCAAUAAUACGCAAUGCAUGGACUUCGACGAAUGCACUAUUGAGGGCAUAUGCGAUCAUCAGUGUCAUAAUACACCCGGCUCCUAUGAAUGUUCCUGUGCGCCGGGAUAUAGCAAGCAAAGAAAUCGCUGUUACGCCAUUAACGUACCAAAAGAUGAACCUGCCUCAUUAGUUUUUAUCACUCAAACGGAUGUACGCCGUAUUGAUCCUAAUAAUGGCACCACAUUAGCCAUUGUCAAUGCUGUAGAUAUAUCGGCUGUUGAGAUUUGGCAUCGCAAUAGAAGUCUCUGUACCGCAGAAGCCAGUAUGUGGACAACGACAGAAUUGAAAUGCUAUCGCAUUGAUGAUAUGAAUGUAACAUGGGCGCUGCCGUUGCCGGAACUAAUUACAAGUACACAUGCCAUCGAUAAAUUACGUCUCGAUUGGAUAACUGGCAAUUGGUAUAUUUUGGGUAAUGAGCCCAGUUAUGUAUUUUUGUGCACAAAUACAAUGGAAUAUUGCAGCAUUAUACUGAAGGAUAUUCCCAAUCUAUCAUCGAUGGUAUUGGAUCCAACAAAAGGCUUUAUAUUCUUUACCGAAUGGAGUUCCAGUCUAUCACGUGCAAAUCUGGACGGCACAAAUCAUACACAGAUAGUGACCACACGGAUUUACUAUCCCAGUAAACUGACAGUGGAUUUGGCCAACGAACAUGUCUAUUGGCUGGAUGUCUACAAAGAUUUCAUCGAAAGAGUCGAUUACGAUGGCGGCAAUCGAUGGGCCAUGAAAAAAGCACCCGAUGUACACAUUCCAUUAAAAUCCAUUCAUGCCGUUGAGAUUUUUGAAAAUACCAUUUACCUGGGAUUAUGGAGUGAUGACAUGAUCAUUGGCUUGGAUAAGUUUUCUUUAAAAGGAAAAGAAGUGAUAAAGAAUGUCAAACAUCCGCAUGACUUUAGGAUGUUUCAUCGACAAAAACAACCUGAGGUGGCACAUCCUUGCCGCGUUAACAAUGGCAUGUGCAGCCAAAUAUGUGUUCCCAUGUGGACAAAAGGAUUUGCCCGAGCGACCUGCAUGUGUUCGCCGGGCUAUAAAUUACGCAAUAACACCGAAUGUGAAUUGUUGCGCUAUGAUAAAUUCCUACUGGUGGCCCGGCAACGUUUGUCCAGUAUAGCCGGCAUACCGUUAAAUGCUCCAGAACAAGCUGCCGAGGCCAUGGUACCCAUUUAUAAUGUCACAUGGAUUAUGCCGGUCGACAUUAAUGUGCAUCACAAGCAGGUUUAUUAUAUACAACAACAAAAAAGCAGUUACACUCUGCAUAGCAGGUCCACAUAUGGUACUGACCGUCGAACGCUGGCCAAUGGUAGUGAGACUAUUUCCGUAUUGGCAUAUGACUGGUUAACGGGUAACAUCUAUUGGGGUGGUGCUGAUUAUAUCUUUGUUGCUCCUGUGUCGAAUAUGUCGAAGGUCUUGUCCCUGCCCAUGCGUCAUGAAGCCAUGAGUUUAGCCUUGGAUCCUAGUAGUGGUUAUAUGUUUUGGGCCCAUUGGACAGCUAAUGAGAACAAAGCUUCCAUUUAUCGUGCCUGGUUGGACGGGUCACACAGAGAAGUUGUAGCAGAAACUAGCGCUGAUAAACCAAUGAAUUGGCCAUUGAGUUUAAGUAUUGAUGUACAGCAUAAGAAAGUUUAUUGGUGUGAUGUCAAGGACGGCACUAUUGAACGUAUGAAUUUCGAUGGAACUGAUCGUGAAGUGAUAUUCGCUGAUCCUGAAUAUCAUCCGAUUUCGAUUGCCUAUCACAAAGGUACCAUCUACUGGGUUGAUGCCAGAAACGGUACAGUUCGAAGUUUUUCAACACAUCACCUGAAUGGCACGAUAAAAAAUAAUGACAGCUCCAAGGUGUUUUCAUUGGAACGUGGUCGUAGUUCGAACUUAAAGGUAUUCGAUAUCAGUACACAACCAAUGUCUUCAAAUAAUGGCUGCGCUAAAAGCAAAUGUCCGGGUAUAUGUUUUAAUACGCCCAAUCAAUCGAUGUGCCGUUGCCCAGAUAAAUAUUCUCUUAACGGUACGGGUACCCAAUGUAUCCCCUCGCCUCAGGAUAAAGAGGAAAAACCAAAGAAUUGCACCACAGGAUUUCAAUGUUUGACAUCGGAUCAGUGCGUUUAUGUUAAGGAUUUAUGCGAUGGCUUCGAUGAUUGCAAAGAUGGCAGUGAUGAGAGCAGUGCUCCCGGUGGUCCUUGCGAUCCCAAAAAAUGUGAUUUGAAUGUGCAUUUUGUAUGUAAUAAUCGUUGUUAUCAGCGAUCCUUAUUGUGCAGCUCGAUCAGUUAUUGUCCCGAUGGUACGGAUCAAAGGAAUUGUGAUAGUCAUACCUGCAACAGUAACGAGUUCACCUGUACCAAAAGUGGCAAGUGUAUACAAAUGUCUUGGGUAAAUGAUGGUAUUGCCGAUUGUGGACCCGACGAUUCCUCGGAUGAGUAUGGUGAUGAUUUGAUCGAUGAUAAAUGUCCGGAGUUUGAGUGUCGUAAUGGGGUUUGUCGUUCGUUCUCCGAGGUUUGUGAUGGCUUAGAUCAAUGUGGUGACAAUUCUGACGAGGUUGCCUGCGAAUUCGAAUGCGGUCCCAAUGAACGUUACUGCAUUCCAAUUGGUUGCUAUGAUGAGACCCACAUGUGCGAUGGCAUCAACGAUUGCUUGGAUUUUAGUGACGAGAUGAAUUGCAAUGAGACCAAAUCGGAUCAUCAUUACAUUGACUUGGGGGAGGCUCACUCGUGUGCACCCUUUGAAUUCGGCUGUUCCGAUCCGUUUGAGUGUAUACCACAUUUCUUCCGCUGCGACGGAGUGCCACAGUGUUACGAUAAAUCCGAUGAGGUUAAUUGUACCGAAAUAAAACCAAUUGUUCGAGAUUAUAACGAGACAGUGAUAUGCGAACCACCCGAUCGUCACUGUGCCGAAUCGAAUAAAUGUAUUUCCGUCAAUCAGCUGUGUGAUGGUAAUAUCGAUUGUGAAGAUGGCACCGAUGAGGGUUAUCUUUGCUCUCAGAAAAUGUGCGAGCGGCCUGAUCCACAAUGUUCCCACUAUUGUCACAAUGCCCCGGAGGGCUUCUUCUGUUCCUGUCCAGCUCAUAUGUAUUUACUGCCCAAUGGACGCCGCUGUAGCAUGCAGCAUGCCUGUGAACAUUGGGAUUCGUGCUCACAGAUUUGUGUAACCAUAGGCAAGGGUUACAAGUGUAAAUGUUUCGAGGGCUAUGAUUUGGAAUAUGAUCGAUACACGUGCAAAAGUACAGCUCCUGAUGACCCAUAUGUAAUCUACACAAAUCGCCAAGAAAUUCGCGGCUUGAACCUGAAAAAGUCUACGUUCAGUAACUUCUAUGCUUCGCUGAGAAACACCAUUGCCUUGGACUUUCUCUACAACAACGUUUCCAGUCAAAUAUUCUGGACGGAUGUUAUAGAUGACAAAAUAUACAGAGGACAAUUGGUGGGAGAGUCUUUGCACAAAGUUGAGGCGGUGGUACAUUCUGGUCUCUCAGCCACAGAAGGUUUGGCUGUAGAUUGGAUUGGCAUGCAUUUAUAUUGGAUUGAUUCGAAUUUGGAUCAAAUUGAAGUGGCCAAACUGAAUGGAAGUUUCAGACGCACUCUUAUCGCCGGGGAUAUGGAAAGCCCACGAGGCAUAGCCUUGGAUCCUAGAGAGGGUCUACUAUUUUGGACUGACUGGGAUGACAACUAUCCACGCAUAGAACGUUGUUCGAUGGCGGGAAAACAUCGUCAGGCAAUAACAACCACUACACAGGUAUCGGCUGGUUGGCCCAAUGGUCUGUCAUUGGAUUAUACACAAAAACGUGUCUAUUGGGUGGAUGCCAAGUCCGAUUCGAUCUACACUGUGAAAUAUGAUGGUUCCGAUAUACAUUUGGUGCUAAGAGAUCGUGAAAUCCUAUCGCAUCCAUUUGCCAUUGCGGUCUUUGAGAAUUAUGUGUAUUGGACAGAUUGGAGAACUACAUCGGUGAUAAGGGCAAAUAAAUGGAAUGGUACUGACAUUGAAGUAAUACAACGAACACAUACCCAACCAUUUGGUAUACAGGUUCUGCAUUCCAGUCGCCAGCCACAAGCUGAAAAUCCUUGUGGAGAUAAUAACGGGGGCUGUUCGCAUUUGUGUUUGCUAGAUGUCAGGAAAACCUAUCAGUGUGCCUGUCCUCAUGUUAUGCGUUUGGAUCACAGCGACAAUAAAACUUGCGUUGCCAACGAACAAGUUCUACUUUUUAUUAUGGCCGAUGAAAUCCGUGGCAUAGAUUUAAUGCAACCCAAUCACCAUACCAUACCUACAAUUAGACAAUCUCCUCAGGUUUUGGCACCGCAACGAAUUGAUUUUACCGUAGAAGAUAGCCGCCUCUAUUGGUCCGACGUUCACUUGAAUGAAAUCAAAACAGCUGGCAUCUCAAAUGGCAUAAUCGACACGAUUAUCAAUACCGAUAUUCACAAUCCAACUGGAUUUGCCAUCGACUGGAUAGCUAAGAAUAUGUACUUCUCAACUGGUAAAAUUAGGAGUGACAUUUGGGCGAGUAAUUUGAAAGGCGAAUACGUAACCGAAAUAUUGAAAGAUUUGAAUAUGGUGGAAAGUAUUGCCUUGGAUCCAGUGAAUGGUAAACUUUAUUGGAUAUCUUCAACACGCAAUCUUCAAAAGUGGCAAAUCGAACAAAGUAAUCUUGAUGGUUCGGAGAGAAGCGUCAUCUAUGAACACAAUAAAACUCUGGCUUCGCUAACAAUGGAUUUCGAUUCGAUGCGUCUGUAUUUUGUCUAUGACAACUCGGGUAUAUCCUAUUAUAACAUAUCCACGAAAGACGUGAAAAUUGUAGUUGCAUCGAGUACGGUGAUGACCAUUAGCGCGGUAACUGUUUACAAUGGAACUCUAUAUUUUCCGGAGAAUAUACAGGGUGUUAUAAUGUCUUGUGAUAAAAAUGCGUGUGCCGAAUAUUCAAUUCUACGAAAAAAUACCAAAAAGGUACAAUAUUUGAAAAUGUUCUAUGCUGAGGCGCAACAAGGUGCAAACACAUGUGCUGGUCCCUUGAAAGGUGGUUGUGCUCAUCUUUGCUUUGCAAUCUCAAAUAAAGAUCAUACAUGCGGUUGUGCCAUUGGAUAUCGCAUAGAUCCCACAAACCCUACUCAGUGCGUUGGGGUAGAUGAGUUUUUGUUCUAUACAAAUCAUGAAUUGAAAGGCAUUGAAAUUUACGAUCCCAGUAAACCAAUCAGUGAGCAGGGACAAAAAAUGGCAUUGGGUCCCAUUUCUCGCAUAUCACUGGCCUCCUUCAUAGACUAUCAUGCCAAAGAAGAUUAUUUGUAUUGGGGUGACAAUGACAGUGGCACGAUAUCGCGCGUUAAGCGUGAUGGCACCCAACGUCAAGUUAUCAUCGAAUCUCCCGAAUGGUUGGAUAACAAACAAAUGGAUUGGCUGGGUGGCAUUGCAAUUGAUUGGGUAGCCGAAAACAUUUACAUCAGUGAUAUAAAGCGAAAUGUUAUCGAAGUGGCUCGUCUGGAUGGUUCCCAUCGUCAUGUCGUAGUUUCCAAUGUGAAAAAACCCAGUGCAUUGGCUGUUGAUCCCGUACAGGGUUUACUGUUCUAUGUGGCAGAAGGUGUUAUUGGUCGCACCGGUUUGGAUGGUUCACAACCAUUUGUUUUGGUAAAUCACGAUAAGCUUGCCACUAGUUCAGUGCUGGACAUUGAUGCUAAGAAGGAUAAAAUUGUCACCAGUUUAGUGCUGGACAUCGAUGCAACAAAGGUGUAUUGGUGUGAGGCACCCAAAGUAUCACUUGCCCAACCGUCGAUUAUGAGGGUUGACUACGAUGGAAAUUUGAAGGAGGUUUUGCUCAAUCAUACUCUUGAGUACCCCACGUCAGUGGGUAAGCUUGAUGAUUACAUCUAUUGGACGGAUAACAAUUACAACAAGGGCACCUUCAAAGUUGCCCAUAUGGCCAAUUUAAGCAACUAUGUUGAGUUGAAACGUUUUGAAGGCAAUUCGGUAAAGGAUAUGAAAAUAUACUCCAAUAGACUUCAAAAGGGUAUCAAUCCAUGCGCUGAAAAUAAUGGUGGCUGCCAGGAGUUGUGCCUCUUCAAUGGAACCACACCCAUAUGUGCCUGUUCACACAGCCGUGUCGCAGCUGACGGCAUGACCUGCGAACCCUAUGACAGUUUCCUGCUCUUCUCUUAUCAUAGUACCAUUGAAAGUGUCCACCUAACGGAUCACGCAAACAAAAAUGGCCCCGUGAAACCCAUCCGCAACACCACCAUGAUGAUGAAUGUCAUUGCCCUGACUUAUGACUAUGAGAAUAGUGUUCUGUUCUAUUCCGACGUCAUAUUAAGUACCAUCAAUGCUGUAAAUUUCAAUGGUAGCAAUAAUCGAGUUUUGGUUACACAUCAAGGGAAGGUUGAAGGCCUGGCGUUUGAUAUUGUCAAUGAAAUGCUCUUCUGGACUUCGAACAAUGAUGCAUCCAUUUGUAGCUUGGAUCUGCACUAUAUUUCCGACAACCCGGAUAAUAAUACACAAUUGGUGAACCGUAUUCGUGUCUUAAAUUCCAAAGACAAGCCACGGGGCAUUGCCGUGGAACCAUGUCUGGGCAUGAUUUAUUGGACGAAUUGGAAUGAGGAAAGUCCCUCCAUUCAAAGGGCUUAUGUGACCGGUUUUGGUUUGGAGUCGAUUAUCAAAACCGACAUCAAAAUGCCGAAUGCCAUUACCUUGGAUCUAGAGGACCAAAAGUUAUAUUGGGCUGAUGCUAGAAUGGAUAAAAUCGAAAGAGCCGAUUACGAUGGCACUCAUCGCGUUCGCUUGGCCCAUUCCACUCCCAAACAUCCAUUUUCCAUAGCUGUUUAUGGCGAUUUAUUGUUCUGGUCCGAUUGGGUUUUAAAAGCUCUGGUAAGAGCCAAUAAAUACACUGGUGCAGAAAUGGUUUUCCUGCGUGAUCAUGUUGAAAGGCCCAUGGGUGUCGUUGCUGUUCAGAAUACGACCGUCAAUUGUGAUUCGAAUCAAUGUAAGAUCCUAAACGGUGGCUGUGAAGAUGUGUGCAUUUUAAAUAGCAACGGAACAGCAAGUUGUCAGUGUACCCGCGGUAUUUUGGCGCCCGAUGGCCGCAGAUGUCUGCAACCGUUAAAUGUGAAGUGUGAUAAGAAUCAAUUCCAGUGUGGUUCUGGUGAAUGUGUCCCACUGCACUUGACAUGUGACAGUAUAGUUCAUUGUUUAGAUGGAUCCGAUGAAGCACGAAGCUAUUGUAUUAUACGCGCUUGUCCAACUGGUUUCUUUAUGUGCAAUAAUCAUCGUUGCAUUCCCCAGUCGCAAACAUGCGAUGGUGCACACCAAUGCGGUGAUGGCUCCGAUGAAUCUGAGCUUAUAUGUAAAUGUGAAGCGGAUAAGUUCCGUUGUGGUAGUGGUGAAUGCAUCGCAAAACAAUUUGUUUGCGAUCAUGUGCGUGAUUGCAAGGACUUUAGUGACGAAAAGCACUGUCCUGAAUCUGAAUGUCCAGCUGGAGAUGCUGUUUACGAGCACUGUCCCAAUUCCACGGCUUGUAUAAUGCCUAUGUGGCGUUGCGAUGGCGACAAUGAUUGCCCCGACGGUAGUGACGAGCUUGAUUGUGAUCAUGUGACGAAAGUUGCAUGUGGCCCCGGACAAUUCCAAUGUUCCAAUGGACGUUGCAUCAACGAAAAGUGGCGUUGCGAUGGAGAGAAUGACUGCAAGGACUCGGUGGUUGGCAAUUUCAGUUCCGAUGAAUACGGUUGUAAGUUGCAGUGCAAACCCAAUGAAUUUAGAUGCGACAACACCUGUAUUCCAGCCAGUUGGCAAUGCGACUCCAAGCCUGACUGCGAAGAUGGCUCGGAUGAAGGGGCCCAAUGUCCGAACCGUGUAUGCCAACCCCAUAUGUUCCAAUGUAAGUCCUCAGGCCGUUGCAUUCCACAAAAAUGGGUAUGCGAUGGAGAACACGACUGCCCAGCUCCAGGUUUCGAAGAUGAAGGAGAUCAGUGUGCCAUUGCCACAGUGCCGCAUAUUCCCGAUUGUGUUGCUCCAUCAUUUCUCUGUUCGAACGGCUUGUGUCUGGAUCGGCGUUUGGUAUGUGAUGGUGAUCACGAUUGCCCCAACGGUGAUGACGAAUACGAAGAUUGUGUACCGUUCAAUUUUACCCAAGUUUGCGUGGAGGAAGUGGAAUUCCAAUGUCAUAAUCUUGAGUGCAUAGCUAAAAAUCUAACUUGCAAUUCGAGGGCGGAUUGCUCCGAUGCAUCGGACGAAUCCGUGGAAUUGUGUGGCGAAUCGACAAUGACUUGUGGCCAAAGUCAAUAUCAAUGCAAAAAUGGCGCAUGCGUUUCGGAGGAACUGCUGUGUAAUGGUCGGAAUGAUUGCGGCGACUUUUCGGAUGAGUCUUUGUGUAAUAUUGAUGAGUGCCUCAAUCCGGAUAUUUGUGAACACAAGUGUAUUAAUAAGAAAAUUGGUUACGAGUGUCAAUGCCAUCCCGGAUAUAAGUUGCAUACCAACAAUCACCAUUUAUGUGAUGAUAUCGAUGAAUGCAAUGGUCCGCAUCAGUGUUCGCAAAUAUGUGCCAAUACCUAUGGCUCAUACAAAUGUCUGUGCAUGAAGGGUUACGAACUCAAGGAUGACCAUCAUACUUGCAAGGCCACCAGUAAUGAGACGGCUAAACUUAUAUUCUCCAAUCGUUAUUACAUCCGACAGGUGGAUAUGCGGGGCAAUGGCAGCAUACUUAUGCACCAGUUAUCGAAUGCCGUAGCCCUAGACUUUGAUUGGUCUUCCAAGUGCAUAUUUUGGUCAGAUGUAACGUCAACAAUGGCCAUGAUUAAACGAUAUUGUCCGGCGGAAAAUAAAACCACUACUCUACACCAGGCAAUGCUGAAGAACCCCGAUGGUUUAGCGGUGGAUUGGGUGGCAAAAAAUCUGUAUUGGUGCGAUAAGGGUUUGGAUACCAUUGAGGUGUCGAAAUUGGACGGCAAAUAUCGCAAGGUAUUGAUAAAUGAACAUUUGCGUGAACCUCGUGGUGUGGCCUUGGAUCCCUUUAAUCGUAAUCUUUAUUGGUCCGAUUGGGGUGAAGAUCCACAUAUUGGAAAAGCCGGUAUGGAUGGCUCAAAUGCCAGAAUUAUCAUACGUGAAAAUAUGGGUUGGCCAAAUGCCCUGACACUGUCGUUUGAAAGUAAUCAAUUGUUCUGGGGUGAUGCCCGGGAAGAUACAAUAUCCGUUUCUGAUUUGGAUGGCAACAAUGUUCGCAUCCUGAUGGCACGCAAAUUAAAUCCUCAUCUGAAUUUGCAUCAUAUUUUCGCCAUAGCUGUGUGGGAGGAUAAAAUAUAUUGGUCAGAUUGGGAAAUGAAGUCGAUUGAGUAUUGCAACCGAUUUACAGGACAGAACUGUUCAACUUUGGUGACAACCAUACAUCGUCCCAUGGACUUGCGAAUUUAUCAUCCAUACCGUCAGCAGCAGCCGUACGGUGGAAAUCCUUGUGAAAAUGCCGAGUGUUCUACGCUGUGCCUACUAUCGCCAGACCCACCGUUCUACAAGUGUGCCUGUCCCAAUAACUUCAUACUGGGCGAUGAUAAUAAGACCUGCAUUGCCAAUUGUACGGCAGCUCACUUCCAAUGUUCGCAGACCUACAAGUGUAUUCCCUUCUACUGGAAAUGUGAUACCCAAGAUGAUUGUGGCGAUGGUAGUGAUGAACCCGAAAAUUGUCCACCCUUCCACUGUGAACCGGGCCAGUAUCAGUGCAAUAAUAAGAAAUGUAUUCAUCCAGCUGCCAUUUGUAAUGGUAGCGACCAGUGCGGAGAUAAUUCCGACGAACAGAACUGUGAUAAAUUUACUUGCUUUGAGAACCAUAUGAAGUGUGAGGCUACUGCCAAUACAACCGCGUUCUGCAUUGAGAAUCUGCAGAAGUGUGAUGGCGUUAAGGACUGUCCUAAUGGUGAAGAUGAAGUGGGUUGUACGCCACUGAGCUGUAAAAAGGAUCAGUUCCAGUGUAAUAAUCGUUGUGUGCCCCUUGUGUGGGUGUGUGAUGGAGAUGCAGAUUGUCCCAAUAAAUCGGAUGAAAUGAAUUGUGAUAAAGUCACAUGUGAUUCCAGUGACUUCCAGUGCAGUUCCGGUCGGUGCAUACCAAUGGCCUGGCGUUGUGAUGGGGAAGAUGAUUGCCCGGAUGGCGAAGAUGAACCAGCCUCCUGCCGUUCACUGAAGGAGGAAUGUGAUCCCACAUACUUUAAGUGCAAUAAUUCUAAAUGUAUACCCGGCAGAUGGCGCUGUGAUUAUGAAAAUGAUUGUGGCGAUGGUAGCGAUGAACUGAAUUGCCAAAUGCGUAACUGUUCGGAAAGUGAAUUCAGAUGUGGAACUGGUAAAUGCCUUAAGCAUGAUCAUCGCUGUGAUGGCGAAAUACAUUGUGAUGAUAGCAGUGAUGAACUGAAUUGUAACAUAACCUGUAAGGCGAAUCAAUUUAAAUGUGCCACAUUCAAUACCUGCAUUAAUAAGCAAUACCAAUGUGAUGGCGACGAUGAUUGUCCCGAUGGCAGUGAUGAGGUUAAUUGCACCUGUCCCUCGGAUCAUUUCACCUGCGGCAAUGGUAAAUGUAUUAUGGCACGUUGGAAAUGUGAUGGUUGGGAUGAUUGUACCGAUGGCAGUGAUGAGAGUUUGGAGACCUGUGCCCAUGUUCACUGCCAUGCAAAUGCCUUUAAAUGCUCGAAUCUCAAGUGUAUACGCAAAUCUGCGCUUUGUGAUGGUGUCAAUGAUUGUGGCAACAAUGAAGAUGAAGCUGAUGAGGUAUGUGCCGCUCUACCGAAAUGUCGACACGAUCAAUUCCAGUGUGAGAACGAGGAUUGUAUAUCGAAAAUAUUCCGUUGCGAUGGUCAAUAUAAUUGUAUCGAUGGUUCGGAUGAAAUGAAUUGUCAACCACCGGUUUGUGGCUUUGGAACAUGCUCUCAGAUAUGUAUAGAAAAGAAGGCGGGACAUUACAACUGCAAGUGUACGGAGGGAUAUUCCAAAGGACCGGCGAAAAAUGAUACAUGUUUGGCAUCGGGUCCCGAUCAAGUUCUUUUAUUGGCAUCCGAACAAGAAUUCCGUUUUAUAUUACCAGCAAAGCAAGAGGGCACCACAAUGGUUGGUUUCUUCCACACGGAUAUCUUAAAGAUUGAUGUAUUCGACAUUUUAAUCAGAACUAAAGACACCUUGCUCUUCUGGAUCGAUUCACAUCAUGGCAAGGUUCAUACCAUGAAAAUAGCUAUACCCCAAACUGAAGCCAUAGCUGUAAGGGUAAGGCGUGAUCUCAAGGAGUUGAAAGCGUUUGAUAUUCCCGUAUUGGAUGAUCCGAAGUCCCUGGCCAUUGAAUGGAUAACUCAAUUGGUGUAUAUCAUUGAUUCCAAGCACAAUGAAAUUCUGGUUACCGAUAUUGAUGGCAAGAAGUAUGCUUCCCUGGUGUCAACUGGUUUAAAUCCCACCGAUAUUGUUGUGGAACCUGAGUCACGUAUUAUGAUUUGGUCCACUCUGGAAAAUGGCAUACUCAUGGCCUCAUUGGAUGGCCAAAAUAAACGUAGCUUAGUGGAACGUGAUGUUGGCUGGCCCAUAAGUUUAGCCAUUGAUUAUCCAACGGGGCGUCUGUAUUGGGCAGAUUAUCGUAAGGGUACUGUGGAAACGUGUCGUUUAAAUGGCAAGGAACGUAAUGUUGUGAGAAAGUUCUCCAACAAAGAAAAACCUCAAAAAAUUGAUGUAUUCGAGGAUUAUUUAUACAUAAAGCUAUAUGACCAAAGCAUAAUCAAAAUGAACAAGUUCGGUAAUGAUAACGGUACCUAUUUGCUGAAGGGCUAUAGAUCAUCUGACAUUGGUAUCCUACAUCCUUUGAAACAAAAUCGCAACAUAUCGAAUCCCUGUGCCAAGGACCCAUGUAAACAAAUUGGUGCCAUUUGUUUGAUGACCACCGAAACCAAUAGUGGUUAUAAAUGUCGUUGUCCCAAUGAUUUCCAUAUGGUCGAUGGUGUGUGUGUAGCCCAUCAAACCAUAGUUCCCGAUUAUUGUCCCCUGAAAUGUAACCUAGGCACCUGUAAAGUUAUCAACCAUGUUCCAAAGUGUAUUUGCCAACCACAGUUUGAAGGAGAAUUCUGUGAACAUUAUCGCUGUUCCAAUUAUUGCAUGAACUAUGGCUUGUGUAUAAUUGCACCACAAAUACCUGGCUCAUCUGAACCACCACCACUAAAAUGUAGCUGUACACCGGGAUGGUCGGGACCACGUUGUGAAACUUCUGUACCGGAGUGUCAGAGUCGUUGUCACAAUGGUGGCUCAUGUCGCAUUGAAGAUGGCAGUAUGAAGUGUACAUGUCCGCCAAUGUAUGUUGGCGAACAGUGUGAGCAUUGUGUGAAUUUGACAUGUACAAAUGGAGGUAUUUGUCGCGAGACUCUGUCGGGUACAACACAAUGUGAAUGCUCCGAUGGAUUCACUGGCAAACGUUGUGAGGUAAAUGUGUGCUCUGGUUUUUGUAAAAAUGGUGGAACAUGCGUCAUUGGUUCCAAGGGUGGUCCCCAGUGUCAAUGUCCCAAAGGUUAUUAUGGUGAAAAAUGUGAAUCAGAUUCAUGUGCCAAUUAUUGCCUAAAUGGUGGCGUGUGUAGAGAGAAACCAGGAAAGCUUUUGUGUUCUUGCCUGGAAAGAUAUGUAGGAGAUCGUUGUGAGACGGAUCUAUGUAAAACUUCCAAUCCACCAGCCUAUUGUGAUCCCGCUGAAAUACCACAACGUAAUCCAUGCACCGGCCUCAUUUGUCAAAAUGGUGGCACAUGUCAUGUCAUUAAGGGGGUAGCCAUGUGUAAUUGUUCCGAUCAAUGGAAUGGUGAAUUCUGUGAACGACCUGUAUCCGAUGAUAAUCCAUGUAUCAAUUAUUGUCACAAUAAUGGUGUUUGUCAUUUGGAUCCCUAUCAAAUUCCACAAUGUACAUGUAUAGGCGAAUGGGAAGGACCGGCUUGUGAUGUACCGCCACCAUGUGUGGGUAGCUGUGGCGUCUGCCAAACGGGAAGUUCUAUAAAUGAAUGCAAAUGCGAGGAUGGUCUAUAUACAACAUGUUUGGCGGACACUGCCAAUGCCCUGAGAAGUGAAACAGAACACUCGGCCAAUGUAAUGUCAAUAUUGGCCAUUAUUUUGGCAAUAGCUAUUUUAGUACUGGCCCUAUUUGGAGCUGGUCUGUACUUUUUGAAAAAACAUCGAAUAUCGCAACCAUUUUCCCAUGCUCGUCUCACAGAAAAUGUGGAAAUAAUGCUUACAAAUCCAAUGUAUCGAGGCGAUGCCGAUGAAACGCCGGCCUUUGUGCACGAGGAUGAUAAGGGUAACUUUGCCAAUCCCGUAUACGAAUCAAUGUAUGCCGAUGCGAUUGUGGAGCCAGCUGUGGUGCCGGAAAAUGUUCUGGCGCCGGAUGAACGUAAGGGUCUGCUGCAACAUUCACACGAUGACAACAAUACACCGGAUAUUCUCUGAUGAUUAACGUCAAACGAAAUACGCUAAGAAGGAGAUAAAUUUGUAUGAAAGUCAAGAUGUAUUAACGAACAAAAGCAAAA